AUGGGGAACGGCGACUCGGCUGUGGAGGACGGUGACUCGACUGAAGAUGAUGAAGACUUGACUGUAGAAGACCAUGACUUGGCUAUUGAAGACAAUGAUUCCACUGAAGAUGAUGACUUGGCUGUGGAAUAUGACGACUUGGCUGUAGAAGACGAUGACUUGGCUGAAGAAAACGAUGACUCAGCUGUAGAUGAUGAUGACGUGGCUGAAGAUGAUGACAAGGAUGUAGAAGAUGACGACUUGGCUGAAGAUGAUGAUUUGGGAGUGGCUGAAGAUGAUGAUGACUUGACUGAAGAAGAUGAUGACCUGACUGAAGAUGAUGAUGAUUUGGGAGUGGCUGAAAAUGAUGACUUGACUGAAGAUGACGAUGAUUUUACUGUAAAGGAUGAAGGUUUAACUGUAGUGGAUGACUUGACUGUAGUGGAUGAAGGCUUGACUGUAGUGGAUGACUUGACUGUAGUGGAUGAAGGCUUGACUCACUAG